AGGAGAAAAAGAUGAGUGAGGAGUUGAGGAGGGAGUACGAGAUCGGGGAGGAGAUAGGGCGGGGGAGGUUCGGGGUGGUGAGGAGGUGCAUGGAGAGGGCGACGGGGGAGGCGUACGCGGUGAAGUCGGUGGAGAAGGGGGGGCUCAUGGACGCGGUGGACCGGGAGGGGGCGGGGGUGGAGGCGAAGGUGGCGCAGCUCGCGGGGGCGGGGAACCCCGGGGUGGUGGGGGUGCGAGCGGUGUACGAGGACGAGGGGUGGAUCCACGUCGUGAUGGAGCUCUGCGAGGGGCCCGACCUCUUCGACUGGAUCCGGGAGCGGCGUGGGGAGCCGGCGACGGAGCCGGAGGCGGCGGCGGUGGUGGCGCAGAUCGCGGCGGCGCUGGCCGCGUGCCACUUCCGAGGGGUGGCGCACCGCGACGUCAAGCCCGACAACAUCCUCCUCGACGGCGCGGGGCGGCGCGCCCGCCUCGCCGACUUCGGAUCGGCCGCGUGCUUCGUCCCCGGCGAGGGAGGGGCGGGGGCGAUGGCGGGGCUGGUGGGGACGCCGUACUACGUGGCGCCGGAGGUGGUGGCGGGGAUGGAGUACGGGGAGAAGGUGGACGUGUGGAGCCUGGGGGUGGUGAUGUACGUGAUGCUCACCGGGGGCGCCGCGGCGCCGUUCGGGGGGGACACGGCGGAGGAGAUCUUCGCGGCGGUGCGGCGGGGGAACCUUAGGUUUCCGACGAGGCUCUUCGCCGGGGUCUCCUCGGGCGCCAAGGACCUGAUGCGCCGCAUGAUGUGCAAGGACCCUUCCAGAAGGUUCUCCGCCGACCAAGUCCUCAGGCAUCCGUGGAUAAUGAGUGGAGGGGGACUGAGCGAGAACGCGAUCUGAAGAGGAGGAAGAGGGAGAGGAAGAAGACGACGUAUGACUACCGUACAUAAGCCGUAUAUACGCCGUAUUAACUCUCUGUUUUUGGGUUUUGGGUUACUACUGUUGUCGUUUUGGUUUUACUAUUUUGCCAGCGCUUGCGCUUGUGAAUACGGUGCUCUGAAGAUAGAGUUUUAUUUUGGCGUUUCUCGCUGUGAUGUAAAUACGAAGAAAAUACGAGUAAAAUACGGGGCUUAGUAUUUGCUGCCUCUGUACUUCCAAAGAGAUGGAGUAUAUCUACUGUGUUUUUCAUUACAAAUAAUAUCUUUAAAAUA